AUGAACACUAACUUUAAUUUCCAUGCAAAAUGUGCGGGAGAAAAGAUUACUCACUUGGCCAUUGCAGAUGACCUUAUGCUUUUUGGUAGGGGCGACUACAUGUCCAUGGAGAUCUUGGCGGAUGCUAUGGAGGAGUUCUCGGACUGCUCAGGAUUGGAGAUCAACAAGGACAAGUCUAACUUUUUUUUCAGGUGGCAAGCUGCCAACACGGGACUUGGAGGAGAUCAAGAGCAUUUUUGGCUUCCCGUUGGGUUCCUUGCCGGGAAGUACUUGGGAGUGCCCCUCGCGUCGAGCAAGCUCAACAUCAUGCACUACACACCGCUGAUCGACAAGAUUGCAUCCCUCACCAAAAAGUGGACAGGUAAAAACCUUUCGUAUGCCGGUAAAACUAAACUUGUGCGCUCUGUUUUGCAGGGAGUCGAGUGCUACUGGCUACAAGUUUUUCCCCUGCCGGCAAACGUGAGGGGUUGGGUCAUAUACAUUUGCCGAGAGUUCCUUUGGGGUACGAAAUACCCCCCUGUGUCUUGGAAUGAUCUCUGCCUACCUAAGGAUGAAGGGGGACUCGGCUUUCGGGACCUUGGGGCGUGGAACAAGGCUCUACUCGCGAGGAACCUGUGGAACAUCCACGUGAAGAAGGAUUCACUGUGGAUCAAAUGGAUCUAUAGUGAGUUUCUCAAGAAUCGGAUGCUGUGGGAAUGGACGGCGAGAUCGCGGGACUCACCACUCUUCAAGAGGCUGCUUGAAAUCCGAGAAGAGUUACUGACCGGCCGGGCGAGAAGAGAAGUGGAGAAGUUGCUGGGACAGUGGUACGGGAGCAAGGGAGCGGUCGAGGCGUACGAGUGGUCCAGGCCAAAAAGUGAACGACGACUUUGA